AUGCAUAAAAUUUUCCAUCCAGACACUGACGACGCGUCAGGAACUGUGUGUCUAGAUGUAAUUAAUCAAACUUGGACAGCUCUCUAUGAUCUUACCAAUAUAUCUGAGUCCUUCCUGCCCCAGUUGUUGGCCUAUCCUAACCCCAUAGAUCCUCUCAAUGGUGAAGAUGCAGCCAUGUACCUCCAAAGACCAGAAGAAUACAAGCAGAAAAUUAAAGAGUACAUCCAGAAAUACGCCAUGGAGCAGGCGCUGAAAGAGCAGGAAGAGGGUACCAGGGACAGCUCAUCGGAGAGCUGUGUAUCUGACUUUUCCGAAGAUGAGGCCCAGGAUAUGGAGUUGUAGUAGAAAAAGCACCUGCUUUUCAGAAAGACUAUUGUUUCCUAACCAUGAGAAGCAGACUAUAAUAUUCACAUUUAAACACAGCAA